ACUCUUUUUCUUCCGUCAUCACACAUUUUCUAAGACACACUCUCUCCCGUUCUCUCCCUAGCUGCACACACGAAAGGAGGUUUUCUAUUUGCCAAUUCGGGGCUUGCUUUGAUUUUCUUGGCUUGCUUUGUCUUUUGGAGAAUUUUGAUGAUAAACACUCUGGAUUCUCCUCUCAGGAUCAUCCAAUUUUUCCGCUUAAGAUUCCACGUUGCCAGAUUUUGGAAGGGAAAGUUGUAUAAUCCAAUCUGCCAAAAGCCAUUUGGUUGAGCUUUUGAUGCAAACAGCAUACGUACAACCUCCAGGCUCCAUCAGAUCAAUUAUUGGAUGAUAUCUGACCUGCAUUUGUGCAUUCAUUUAGAACAGUGACAAAAGAGACGUCUCUUUGAUUAUUUAGAGUGGCCUUUGAGCUACGGUGCAUAAAAUAAGAGCUGAUUUGUCAGCAGGCAGCCAGACAACUGCUGAGGAUUUAUCUAUUUACUGUCAUGCAUAACUAAUUUAGAAGACAGCACCAAGGAUGCUUGAUACUGUGCGUGAAUGACGUUGUUUCAAGACAAAGCACGGUUAAUGAUGAAUAUGAAUUGCUUUGGAAGGACACUCAUCACUGCGUCAUCCUCUUUGCCCCUUGUGCAACUCCCAGCACAAAAGGAAGCUCAUUUUUGGUAUGUUUUACCUGAUGAAGUGAAGAGUACAAAACUAUUAAACCGGUAUUUAGAAAUUGUAUCACCUUGUGAAAAAGAAAAUGUAUUUCACAUGCGUGGAGAACAGCUGAAGAAGAGAGCACUCCUUGCUCGUGUGUUGGUCCGGACGACAUUAGCAAGAUAUCAGAUGAACUGUCAGAUUGAUCCAAAGUCUUUAAAGUUUAGGACAAACAACUAUGGCAAGCCUGAGGUGGACUGGCUAUACACUGAUGAUUGGAGCUUACCACCACUGCAUUUUAAUAUCUCACAUACUUCGUCUUUGAUAGCUUGUGGAGUAACUGUGGGUUCACCUAUUGGUAUUGAUGUGGAAGAAAAGCAAAGGACAUUAAAGAACAAUAUUUUAACCUUUGCACGGCGAUACCUUUCUCCCCAUGAAACAGAAAUGCUGACUCGCAUUGCAGACCCUGAACUUCAGCGUCAGGAGUUUAUAAAAUUAUGGACUCUGAAGGAGGCAUACGUAAAAGCACUAGGGAAGGGCUUCUCAGCUUCACCUUUUAAGACUUUUACUAUUCAAUUAAGAAACCAUAUGGAAGGAGGCAUUCACACUCCACCUCAUAUGAUUUCUAAGAUACCUGACAUUACUGUUGAACCUUCUGAUGAUGACCUGAAGAAUCUGUCAAGCAAUUGGCAGUUUGUGCUUCUGGAGUUGGCUGGUUCUCAUUAUGCUGCUGUUUGUAUAGAACAGGACAGGAUGAAUACAGGAAAAGGGGACAUUCCAAUAAAUUUGACCAUAAGGAAAACAAUUCCAUUUAUUGAGGAUGAGUGUAUUUCUGCAACUAACAAUGUUGUAGUCAUUGGUGGCUUGACUAGGCUGUCAGUGUGAUUAUUAAUUCUAUGUCAAAUGUAAGUUUUGGCAGUAGUUUUCCAUUCUGCCUUUCUUUAGCUUUUCGGAAUAAGUGAUUCCAAUUUAUUUUAGAGCUUCCCAUGUUCUUGUUGCCUAGCUCUGGAUUUUGUAGUAUCUUUAGAAAAGUAAGUUAGCUAAAUGCAUUGUCUUUUUUCAUUGUUUGCUUCUUUAUCAUUGUAAUCUGAAGUGAUCGUUAAACAUGCUGGAAAUAACUUUUAUGAACUGUCCUUGAAAAUAAUUAUAAUGAUUUG